GGGAUGUUGGUGCCGUCUCCGCGCUCCCGCCGCCGGAGCAAAAACUAUUUUGUCUCUUAAAGAGAAUCGACAAAAAAAAGCGAAAUGUACAGAUGAGCAUCUAUCUGUAAGUCAAGCUCGGACAAUCAGCCAAACCGUGAUUGGACUCCUUUCUUCUUGACGAGUCUCUGCCGUCAGACGCUGUGGGACUUACGAUUCGCCAUGGAGACGGUGGUGAUCGUGGCCAUAGGAGUGUUGGCCACCAUCUUCCUGGCCUCCUUUGUUGCUCUGGUGGUGGUGUGCCGACAUCGCUACUGCCACCCUCAUGACCUGCUGCACCACUUCGACUCCAAACCCACCGUGGAUCUGAUUGGCGCCAUGGAAACGCAGAGUGAGCCUUCGGAGCUGGAGCUGGACGACGUGGUUAUCACCAACCCUCACAUCGAAGCCAUCCUGGAGAAUGAGGACUGGAUAGAGGACGCAUCUGGCCUGGUGUCACACUGCAUCUCUAUUCUGAAGAUCUGCCACACUUUGACUGAAAAACUGGUGGCCAUGACAAUGGGAUCAGGGGCAAAGGUCAAAGCACCUGCCAGUUUGAGUGACAUCAUCACAGUGGCCAAACGAAUCAGUCCAAGGGUGGACGAUGUGGUCAGGUCUAUGUACCCUCCUCUGGAUCCAAUCCUCCUGGACGCCAGAGCCACUGCUCUGCUGCUUUCAGUCAGCCACCUAGUGCUGGUCACCCGCAACGCCUGUCACAUGUCCGGCAGCCUGGACUGGAUCGAUCAGUCGCUGCACGCAGCGGAGGAUCACAUGGUGGUUCUGCGUGAAGCGGCGCUGGCUUCCGAACCAGAGCGAAUCCUACCUGGAGAUGAUGCUCAGAGAGAACAGGCCAUUUGAGGAAAAAACCUGAAGCAGGACAAACCUACAGUCAAAAAUACAAACCAUGAAAAAGCAGUUGCAUUCCAAUGCUGACCUAGUGAUACGUACUGAAAUAGACAUUUCAGUUUCACAUCCGUGGCUCUGCAGUGGACAGAAGGUUUUUAAAAACAUUUUCUGAAACACACCAUUCAGUAGUGGGCCUAUAAUCCAGUCUAACCAGCACUGCAGUCACAAGGAGGCUUAGUCAGCUAAUCCAUCCUGACGAAAAUGACAUCCAUUAGCCAGUGAACCCGAAGGUGCUCCAAUUCAGUGUAAAAAAAAGUUAGAGAAACCUGGCUUGCUUAGUAUGCGUGGGGUCAGUUUAACUUUGGGAUUUGGUGAGAAAAAAAAAAAUAAAAGAAUGCAUUCUUCAAAUACUCUGAUGCAAGUGGAGUAAAUGAAAUACAGUUCUUUCUAGGGAAUUUUGUAUUAGUUUUCCCCUUCACUUGUGACACACUUUACAUGUGCAGCUCUUUCCAUGGAUGACCAGUUUAGCUCCAUACUGAAAAUUCUGCCAGUGUAACCAAAACCUGAACUUCUGAGGUCCUGCGUUGUGGAUAGAUACACCAUGGUUUCUGCGUGUAAAAGUUUGUAUUUUCAAACAUAUUUUGCUUCCAGUUUCAUUCUUGACAUUCUGGUCAAAUUGCAGCCAUCUUGGCCAUGACAAGAUGGCAUCUGAAUUGGCAUCUUGGUCUUGAUGCCAAAACCGAUCCGGUGUGUUUUGGGCCGUAUUGGAUGCACAUCUCCCUAAAAGUUUGUAUAAUUUGUAUAAUUUUUCACUGGUGAGGAUUUGGUCUUGUACAGUCCAAAAGGACAAAAUCCUACUAAGUAUUAUUGGGUUUUGGUCUAGUUUCUAGUGCAAAUACCCUGGCAUACUUGAAACAAGAAAAAAACUAACUUUUCUUGUUUCAAGAAAAGUUGAAUCAAGAAAAAAUUACUAAUCAAAAUUAAGAUAUUAUUGAUUUAAAACAAGCUCUUCUAUCUUGCUGAAGAGUUGCAUCUAAGCUAGUUUUGUCUCAUUUCAAACGUGCCAAGGUAUUGACACUAAAAACUAGAAAAAAACACCUGGGAACAUUUAGUAUUUUUGCAGUGUAGGUCCUUCAUUGAUGCCUCAGUUUUAUUGCUGAAUAAUGAACACUGACUUUAACUUAUGCAAGUGAGGCCUGUAGUACCGUAAAUGUUGCUGUGGAUUUUUUUGUGACCUCCUGGAUGAGUUGUCUUUGCACUCUUGGAGUGAUUUUGGUAGGCCGGCCACUCCUGGGAAGGUUCACAAUUUUUUUGUGUUUUCUCCAUUUGCAUUUCCCUGAAGCCCCAAAAGCCUUAGAAACGUCUUUGCAAUCCAAUCCAGACUGAAUACCUUCCCCCCCAUCUGUUCCUGAGUUUAUUUCAAUUUAAACAUAAUAUGUAGCUUUUUUAAAACUACACAUUAUGAGUUUUUGAAUUGCUCCUCCCCCCUCAAAUUAAUAAAACCAUAAUUUGAAAACUUGUAUUUUCUAUUUACUUGUUAACUUUGCCUGGUAUUAAAAUACAAAAGAUUUUAAGAGCACUUUUUCACAGCGCUCUGUUGGUGUGUCAUGAGGACAUUUUUAGUUGAUUGAAACAGAAUUAGCUUGUCUCUUUGGGCCGGCGGGAUGUUAUUGGAGCAUGUCUACCUGCUCCUUCAUGCAUAGCUAACAGUGAAUCCCUAAGGAGCUGUAAUAAGGCAUUACCCACAGACUAUGUGAACACACUGGCCUUGGUUACAGUCCAUGUCGCUUUGAAAGCAAAGUCCUGGCAUAAAAAUAUCAGUUGAAUGACAAUAAAAAAU